CGGCGGUUAAAUCAACUCUCCCUCUCUCUCACUUUAUGCAAAAUUUCUCGAUAUGUGGAUUACGCUACUGCUGACUGCCAAUGCCGACAGUACUAGGGAGACAUGUUUACCUGCGGUUCUUAAAACUUGAAAUUCUUAGGUAUCUCAUCUACCUUGAACCUCCUGGUGACAUGCGUAGGCCAUCAUCCUUCGCCGCCGUCCGUACAAUCAUACAGGGCCAUAUCGCUCCCCCUUCACUCUUUUCACCUGGCGCCCUUCCAACGGUGCAGGCCGUGUUCGUCAAGCAAACUACAUCUGUCCGGCGUCGGUUAUUCGAUGGCAGUUGUACAUCAACGCGAGGCGGGCGCCGUGGGGCAGCAGGGGGCAGCGUGGUCUGGGCACAGAUAGUCGCUCCACUUCAGUCUACUUCCGAAUGCCUCCUAUUCUCUUCUUACAUAUUUUCCAAAGUUUUUGGGACUGGGACGGUAUCGACCUUGAGGCUCUUCGAUAUCACCUGGUCUAGUGGCAAAUAUAACUUGGUUGGCAUGGAGAACCUCAGGGGUUCAACGAGGCCAAAUGUCAAAAAAAAAACACUCGAGCUCCAAUUUCAAAUUUCUUCCUAUCUUUCCGUCAUCGAUGAGGGCCUAAACAUCGUAUUUAUAUCAAGCGAAGACGAUACUCUGAUAUACCCCCCUUUCCUCUAGCCCGUCAUGUCCACUUCCACCUUGAUGGCCCACCCAAAUCCUUCGAUUCUCGUCGUGAGCCCGGACACUCGAAAAACGUCUGUCAUAUACCUACCAGUAUCGGAAAAUGUGGUGCCUGCAC